GUAAAAAAUUAUGUGGCGGUUAUUGCAGAAUGGGAGCCCUCCAAUAGCUGGGUUACUCGGUUUUUGAAGCGUCACAACGAUGUGAUAUGCAUCAGAAAAGCCACGGGUAUCGACCGCGACCGUCAUCGGGCUGAUAAUCCAGCCAACUACCAAUCGUAUUUCGAUCUCAUCUAUGCUAAGCUCAAUCAGUAUUCGAUUGCACCGCAUAAUAUCUAUAAUAUGGACGAGAAGGGCUUCUUACUUGGGCGUAUUAUGCCAUCGAAAAGAAUCUUUUCAAAGGAGCUUUGGGAGCAAAAGAAGAUUCGCAAGACCCUCCAAGAUGGGAGUAGGGAUUGGAUCACGAUUGUUGGGUGUAUCUGCGCAGAUGGGAGCUCGGUGGAUCCUACGAUAAUCUAUGAGGGCACAGAUGGCCUUCGCAAUGAAUGGCUGCGCGACCUUGAAGCUGGAAAACACCAGGUUUUUUGCUGUAAUAGCCCAUCAGGCUGGAGUAAUAAUGACCUCGCGCUGGCUUGGGUUGAACAGGUGUUCGAUCGGCUCACAAAGGAGAAAGCAAAACGCGACUACAGGCUUCUUCUGCUCGACAGGCACGGCAGUCACCUGGCGCCUGCCUUCAUCGAUUACUGCGAUGCCCACCGGUUACUACUCGCCGUGAUACCUCCGCACUGCUCCCACCGUCUUCAACCGCUCGACGUUGCGUUGUUCAAGCCUCUCUCUCGACGAGAAUACGGCGUAGAACUCGAUGAGCUCUUACGCUGCAAUCAAAGCUUGGGUAACUUGCGCAAAAAUGACUUUUUACGGUUAUCUUGCGCGGCUUUUACAUCCGCAUUCACCCCUAACAACAUUUUAAGUAGUUUUGCUGCUACAGGAGUCCACCCGCGCGACGCCGACGCCAUGUCCAAAUUACUUGACGCUGCAGUACCGGAUACGUCGUCAGUUGCGGCAAAACGGGUGUCGCAGGCCCUCCAUUCACUGCAUGUCAACAACAAGCUUCUACACGUUGAAUAUGAUCAGUUACGCGAUGAGCUG